CAGCCGCGCGCACCCCCGGCCCGCCGCCGCCGCCGCCCGCCGGGGACCCCGAGGCCGGAGCGCGGGUGCUGAAAUGAACAGUUGGCCAGAAAGUAACACUGAACCACACGUAGAAAACGGCACCUUUGAUCAGAAUCAAGUGGACUUUUCAACAGUGGUUUCCAAGGAGGGUGUGAUGACUCAGACCUCCAGAAAGAGCCACACUUCUUCAAAUGCUCCAGAAAACCUCACUCCACAAACAGAAGCGGCAGAUGCUAGAGGAAGAAACGACACUUCCAGGAAAACAAAUUUCACUGUUUCCCCUGUUGGGCCUGACGUAGCAACAGCUCUGACUUCCCAGAGUAUCACCACGGCUUUGGGAAUGCUUCACUUGCCAUCCAGCUCAGGGUCCGAAGGAAGAACUGCCCCUUCUCACACGGAGAGCACAACAUCCCGGGGUUCCCUGGCGAGACGAAAGGGGCUCCCAGACGAAGUGACUGUGCACACCCAAGUGGCUGCCACUUGGGUCUUAGGCCAGUUCCCUCUUCCUGCUUUGGAGACUGGAGAAGAGACCACACUCUCCAGGAAGAGGAACACCUCAGGACUGGCGCUCUCCUGGCCACAUUUCUCCAGGACACCAGCUUACUCCUCUCCCUUGGAGCCCUCCUCGGCUACUAGGAGCACAGAGGAGCUCAACGACUCCACUGUUCUCCCGAGUGCUUUGGUGAGUUGGACAGAGAGUGUGCGUGUUGCUGCCACGUUCCCCAGCGGUGUCCCCGGGAGGCUCCAGUCUGUAAGCGUCAGUCUGCAACCUCUGAAUGAGACAGAGAGUUUCCCCAAGGACUCGGAAAUUGCCACGACUUCACUAUCAAACCAUUCCUCAUCCUUGGAGGCAGAGUUUCAAGGAACCAAGGAGGUCACCAGGAAGCCAGGGGCUGGAGAAUCCAUUGAGCCAUCCACAGAGAAUGGAUUUGGCCCCAUAUCUUCAGGGGUCUCAGUGAGAUUUUGGCAGAAUGAUUCCCCAACCUCGGGAGGGGACCAGCCGGCCAGCAGCUCGGAGGCGGGGAGCGGAAGGCCCGCGGCCCGCACCGAGGCCGUGUCUCAGUCGGACCCGUUGGGCAGAAGCGGAGACAGCGCGGCGCGCCGGGCCUUGACCAGCAGCCACACCGCCGAGGCCGUGAGCGGCGGCUCCACUUCCCAGCCCGCCGCCCCCCUCUCCUCCUCCGGCCCCCGCUCUAGGGGAGGCGACCCGGCGCUGGGCACGAGGAGCCACGCUGGGCCGGCCCCCGAGUCUUUGUCGUCCUCCUCCUCAGAGAGCCUGGCUGCCUCGGCGCCGCGUGACGAGCGCUCCACCACCGAGGACGGUGCAGAGCCCGGAGGCAGUUCGGACGUGGAGCAGAGGACGGCGCAGGCCCACCCCCCGCACACGGCUGCCACCUUCACCCGGAACGGGGAGCGCACGCUGCGGUCUCUCGCCAACGCCAGCACGACUUCUGGGGACGUGGGGCGCUCUGCCGUCGUGCCCGGGGAGACCGACGGCGCCACCCCGCAAGGGGACGUGCCCGUGACUGGUGACGCCCGCCUGGUCUCGGGUUCGCGGGCGGCCUCGCCAGCCCCGGGAGUCACCGGAGUCAGCGACAGUGGAGUGAGCGGCACGGACACUGAACAGAGGACUUCCGGUGACCACACAGACCACACCUAUGUCUCAUCCACUUUCACCAAAGGAGAACGGGUGUUGCUUUCCAUUAUAGACAACAGCUCAUCGGCGGACUUACCGGAGAGUUCCACCUCUGCUGCUAGGAUCUCCAACUCUUCACACUCAGACCAUUCCUCCUCUUCUCAGGCUCAGACUGAAAGAAGUAACGUGUCAUCCUAUGAAAGGGAGCGUGCUCAGCCCUCCACGGAGUCGCUGGCUCUGAGAACAGCCAACGUCCCAUCCUCCACACCCACCGUUAACAUGCCAAACACUUUGGUUCUUCUGGACACUGAGGCCAGAUCGAUGGAUGAUGACUCUUCUUCUUCUUCUGUUUCUUCUUCUUCAGUUUCUUCUUCUUCUUCAGUUUCUUCUUCUUCUUCUUCUUCUUCUUCUUCUUCUUCUUCUUCUUCUUCUUCUGUUUCUUCUUCAGUUUCUUCUUCUUCUUCUUCUUCUUCUUCUUCUUCUUCUGUUCCUUCUUCUUCUUCUGUUUCUUCUUCUGUUUCUUCUUCUUCUUCUUCUUCUUCUUCUUCUUCUUCUUCUGGACCCCUUUCGCCCCUGGCCUCAGUGUCCCAGGCCCAUCAAUUGUUGUCAUCAGUCUUACCAUCAAUCGGGGCCUCCACCCUUCCACUGCAGUCCACUCCCGAGGCGCCCACACCUAUGUCUUCCUCGCCACCACCCUUACCAAUAUCCCUGACAGCGUCUACCCCUGUGUCACCGUCUGCCUCCCAAACAACCCUCCCACCUUCACCUUCUACCCUGGUCCUCCCCAGAACAAGAGACACUCCUGUGACUUCGGUUCAGAUGGAGACAGUGGCAUUAUCUGUGGCAAUGCUCCCCAGUACUCAAACGGCAGAUCCUAAGAACCAGAGUAACCCAUACCAUGACAAAGUCAUUACAGAGUCAAAGCCACCAAGCCUGGCAUCUCUGCCCACAGAGGCCACCGGAGCUGUAACAACGAGGUCUACUUCAGGGCUCCCUAUGCCCUCGACCUUAACAGAGUCCUCCACUCUGCAAACCCUUGCAGCCACGAGCACCAGCAUCACCCCGACAUCUCCAGCAUUGACAACCACCGUUCUUGAGACCUCUCGUCCCUUCAGCCCUGCGUCAACCACAGCAGCUCUGAUGGCUCACCCCACAACAGUACAGACCACGGCUGAAAAACAGCCCUUGACAACCAGCCCUGAAAUUCUGGCACCACGGAGCUCAACAGAAAGUGCCAUCACCACAGAAAGGAGCCAGAUCCAUGUCGAUGGUACCAGCCCGUUGACCCCCCUGACCAGCACACCCACAUCACUGAAAGGAUUGACCCCAGGGCCUGGUAUGACCGAAGAGUACAGCCCGGCUUCACAUUUCCUCAGAACAUCUCCCCAAACCACAGGCGUUUCCACGCUCGAAGUACUGCCUCCUGAAUCUACCACCUUUGCUGCUCAGAGCAGCACGCAGCCACCAAAAGCAUUGUCAUCUCCAGCCUCAGUUAACAGCUGCGCCACUAACCCUUGUCUUCAUGAUGGGAAAUGCAUUGUGGACUCCACCAGCCAUGGGUAUCGAUGCGAAUGCUCACCUUCCUGGCAAGGGGAUGACUGCAGUGUGGAUGUGAAUGAAUGCCUCUUGAGCCCCUGCCCACCCCUGGCCACGUGCAAUAAUACUCAGGGAUCCUUCACCUGCAAAUGCCCAGUUGGGUACCAGCUGGAAAAAGGAAUAUGCAAUUUGGUUAGAACCUUCGUGACAGAGUUCAAAUUAAAGAAAACAUUUCUCAAUACCACCAUGGAGAAACACGCAGACCUACAUGAAGUUGAAAAUGAGAUCACCAAAACAUUAAAUAUGUGUUUUUCAACGUUACCUGGUUACACCCGAUCCACAGUUCAUGCUUCUAGGGAGUCCAAUGUGGUGGUCAUGUCCCUGCAAACCACCUUCUCCUUGGCCUCCAACGUGACACUGUUUGACCUGGCCGACGGGAUGCAGAAAUGUGUCAACUCCUGUAGCUCCUCUGCCGAGGCCUGCCAACUCUUGGGAUCUCAGAGGCGGAUCUUUAAAGCGGGCAGCCUGUGCAAGCGGAAGACUCCAGAAUGUGACAGAGAGACCUCCAUCUGCACAGACCUGGACGGCGUCGCCCUGUGCCAAUGCAAGUCGGGCUACUUCCAGUUCAACAAGAUGGAUCACUCCUGCCGAGCAUGCGAAGAUGGAUAUAGGCUUGAAAAUGAAACCUGUAUGAGUUGCCCAUUUGGGCUUGGUGGUCUCAACUGUGGAAACCCCUAUCAGCUGAUCACCGUAGUGAUCGCAGCAGCAGGAGGAGGGCUUCUACUUAUUCUGGGCAUCGCACUGAUUGUCACCUGCUGCCGAAAGAGUAAAAAUGACAUAAGCAAACUCAUCUUCAAAAGUGGGGAUUUCCAAAUGUCCCCAUAUGCUGAGUACCCCAAAAACCCUCGCUCACAAGAAUGGGGCCGAGAAGCCAUUGAAAUGCAUGAGAACGGAAGCACCAAAAACCUCCUCCAGAUGACGGAUGUGUAUUACUCGCCCACAAGUGUAAGGAAUCCUGAACUUGAACGAAAUGGACUGUACCCGGCCUACACUGGACUGCCGGGGUCCCGGCACUCGUGCAUUUUCCCCGGACAGUAUAACCCGUCUUUCAUCAGUGAUGAGAGCAGGAGAAGAGACUACUUCUAAGUGCCGAAGCGCGAGGGAGGGCCCACCCCUCUGAGCAAGUUGCAGGACCUCGAGGCUCAGAGGACGGUGCCCCAGGAGGGAGCGGGCACCCUGGCUGCUCCCGGGCCUGGCGGAGCCCCCCUGGGGCCAAGCAGGCAGCGGGACAGGUGCGAGGGGCGCGGCCGCAGUGGAAGGGGCAGCCGGAGCCGCGACGCAACGGAGGGCUGCCCGCCGGGCACCUUCGCCCUUACUGUGAACGUGAACGUGGGCCGGUCCCGGGAGUCUCCUGGGCGCUGCAGCCGCCUCCGGCCCCCGCCCGAGGGCCGCAUCUUGGCCAGGGCACGGCGUCCGGCACCUUCGCCAGGACCCAGUCUUCCCUUAGUUUGCACUUUAGUAAAUUGGGUAGGGAGGUCUCUUUUUUUGGAUUUCUUUCCAAGACUGUUCCAAAAAGAAGGCCUCUUUUCCUCAGACACUUCCGUAGGCCUCAAUUUGGUGAUUAAUUUACAGCAAAAUACCGGCUCUUUGGUCAUUUUCUUGCCCGGUAUCUACGUGCUAACCAACAGAUGAUGAUGAUGAUGAUGAUGAUGAUGAUGAUGAUGAUGAUGAGCAUACCACUAAGGCUUGGAGAUGCUGCAGGAGAGCAUACAGUAUCUUAGUAGGGCUCUAGGUCUUUGCAGUUUCCAAGCCACCCCUCAAACUGAGGAAAUGUGCGAGGCAUAGCACACACUGCAUUUUUUUAGCCAAGGUGACACAUUUAUUUAAGAUUGUUUUCUCCCUCCCCCGUUAAAUCUCACUUUUCCUAAUAAGUCUGCAUCAGGGCAAAACAGGUUGCAUUUGGUUUUCAUUGGAGGCCUCGCGGCGCCGGGUGCAGGCCCUGGCGGGAGGGCGGCAGGCCGCGGGGCGCCCCUCAUGCCCGGGGCCCUCCCGGGGACUCCGACGUCCACAUCGAGGUGGAAGCUGCCGGUACGUGCCGCAGAACCGGCCGCCGACUGAGGGGCAGGUGCACCAGGUUCCUGAGGAGGCCCCAGGAGCUGGGACCGAGCCGCGGCCCGUGAGUCUGCUUCCCUUCCCCGGGCAGCUUUUUUGACCCUGUCUGUCCUGGAUCUUGUCCACGUAGCGUAAACUUUACACUGUACACUCAGUGUAAACGUCUGACCAACUGCCCAGAGCUGUUGAUUCAUUGAAGAAAUAGCUUCUUUCCUCUCGUGCAGUCGUCUGCCCGUCUUUAUACUACUGCCCGGGUCCCAGCAGACACACGAUCAUUUGAGUCAGCUUCGGGGGACUGAAGACUUCGGGCCAGUUAAGGAGUUGAGAGGUUGCCUUUGGGAAGGAGAUGCCACAUGUCUUAUUUAUUGCGCCUGUGACCUGGGUCGUGUGGGGGAGCGGGGGGCGUCCCUGGUGCACGGGGUCUUUAAGCGCUACUUGUGGAACUGCGAUCAUUCUCGUCCUGUGCUUUGGGAUAGAGAACACGGUGGCAAAAGACCGUUCCACCCUGAAGCUUGGAGCUCAGCGGCACCCACGUUUCUGGAAGCGGUGCAGCCUUUGGGACGGUUCUGUCCUGGGCAUGGGUGUUUCUUCCGAGUUCCCUUCUCUCUUUAGAAUGUGUCUCAUCCUUACUGUUCUGUAAUCCUCAUCCUAAGAGUUUUAAGUGUCAACCUCUGUGUCCCAUGGUCUCCACGAGCCACCGUUCCCCUGCGGCAGCAGGUACACGAAUCAGGUGUGAUGCUUCGUAGUCUUUACCUGGGACUCCUCGCCUGAGAUACACGUUCUGUUUUUGUCAGUGGUCACCAGCCGACAGUGUCAGAGCAUCACCUUUCUGAAAUCUUGGGGCUUGCGUGUCGCUGGGGAAGCCAACAGCCUGUGUGCCUCCCCGUCUCCCAUCUCCGGAGAGCUCCGAGCUCCUGCCCUCCGCUCAGCCCUCAGCACACCCGGAUGCCCUGGGAGCGGCCUGGCUUUCCUGGCUCUUGAUGCCCAUCCCUGCUCAUCCCCAGAACCCAAAGCCGGCCCCAGCGGGAAGGGGUGGGGGGCGCUAUCCCCGGGCAUACUUAGCUGAAGGUGUCAGGUGACGUCACAGCUGAUAAAUCAUCUCCUGUGUCAGGACCAGAAGCUAUAGGCUACACAAAAUGCAGUGUUCUGUCUCAAAAGCAUUCUUGAGAAGAACCCCAAAGUCCAGAAAAGAGCGUCCUGUGAGUUCCAAGAAUGCUUUCCUGUGAGGUUUUGUGCACACGAAGUGGAUUAAGAAUGUUGCUUUUCUUUUACUGUGAAAAAAGGGGGCCCCCUACGAUGUUAGGCUCAAAUGUAUCUCAUUUCUAAGAGGCCGUGGGGUUGGGGAGAGGCUAUGUCAAGAGCAUGAGGGUCUGAGAAGGCACGACGGCAGCUUCACGACCGCCGGGCUUCCCGCCUCCUGCAGGGCCGGCAGGGCUGGCAGCAGAUGACCAGCAGGCCAGCAGCUCUCGGCUCCGGCACAGGUGCCCGGCGUCAGCCCCUGCACCUGCGAUGUGUGAUGCGUGAUGCGUGUGCACAGAAAGGCCACGGCCCCGCCUCGCUGGGGCCCCACCAUAGGGAACAGGAAAGCCACUUGCCUGCUCAUGAGGCUUAAACCUCUGGAGGGACGGGCGGGGCCCGGUGGGAGCCACGUGUCCUGGAGCAGGCCCCAGACUGCACGGGGACUCUCAGAGCAGGACAAGGGUCACCUCCAGCCUCCUGGCAGCUGAGCGUUUUAUUUAAACUCCCCAGAGCCUGUUUCUCCUGUCUUUUCCUCUCUGCCCCAUGAGCCGGCCCAGGGCCCUGGAGACAAUUGAAGCCCCCCUGUCACAACCAGGAUCUCCGGCGUCCCCACCGUGACCGGGCUCUGUGCAACGUCCUCGGCCUCCCCACAGCCUUGCGAGGCGUGCAUCCGAGCGUCCGUGUCUUGCCCGUGUGAACUUGCAGAGAGGAUACCUAUCUGCCUUAGCGAGCCAGGGUUCAAGCCCUUUGCCCUGCCUUGCCCUCCUGGGAAGGCCUCGCCAUCCAAAUGCACCUUCAGUGUCAAAGAGGGUAUGAGAGACGGGCUUAAAUAUACUUUAAAAAAACAAACAAACAAAACCCUAAUAUUAGUAAGCAUCACCUGAACUAAUGACAUGAAAUGCAAAAAAAAAAAAAAAAUUUUUGAAAAGUCGAAUCCUUUUUGAAAAAGUCCUUUGGGGUUCAUCGCAUAUAUUUCUUGGACACGUGAGGUCAUCUUUAAGAAAAUAGUGGCUGGCUGUGUUUAGCAAGAGUGUACUAGUACGUGGCUUUGGGUGUACGAAGGGUGAGGUGAUGGCCUGGCUUUGGGCAAGUGCAGCCCGCCUUAGAGGCGCGUCUGACGGCUGCUUUGCCUGGUUCCAGCAGUAAGGCAGUGGCUCCCACGUACAGGAAGCAUAUUUCUGUGAACGUGAUCAGAGUCGUGAACACAUUCGGUUGGGUGUCUUAAAUGCUGACAAAUCUUCCUCCUUUGAUGAAAAAUUUAUUUUCAGAAGCAGCUAAGUCAUUUGGAGCCAAAUUUGUUGAAUGGGUAGUGAGAUCAAGCUGGCUGCUUGCAUUUGAUGUUAUAGACAAAGAUGUGACUCUUAGGUUCUCGAAGAGGUCAUUCUUAAAGGUGGCCCGGGCUGAAGGGCAGCGUCUCUGCAGUACAAGGGCUUGGACGGCCGUCCAAGAUGAUGUUUUUGAAGGAUGGUAUUUAUUCAGAUGUGGAAGUUCCCAGAGCAGGCACGUCUGGAUCAUCCCUCAUGCGUGGCCUUGUGGGGUCUCCACGAAGCCCUCUUGCCCACUGGCCACGUGCCCGGGUGCCUGGUAACUCUGGGAACUUUCCCUGAAAAAGCUAAAACUGAGCAUUCUAGUUGCUCCUGGCUUAGUUUAGCCUACCACACCCCAAAGUAGGGUUCUGACUGAGAGUUCUAAGGUAUUUCCCCUGAUUUCAAAACUAGAGCGCUUCUUUGGAGACAGGAAGAAUGCAAAUUUCAAUAUUUCACGAUUUUCUGUCUUCUUUAAAACUGCCCUUAAAGGACGCCUGGGUGGCUCAGUGGUUGAGCAUCUGCCUUCCGCUCAGGUCAUGAUCCUGGGGUCCCGGGAUCGAGUCCCACGUCGGGCUCCCCGCAUGGAGCCUGCUUCUCCCUCUGCCUGUGUCUCUGCCUCUCUGUGUCUCUCAUGAAUAAAUAAAUAAAUUUUUUUUUAAUAAAUAAAAUUUUUAAAAAUAAAAUAAAACUGCCCUUAAUAUCAGAGAUAUUUUUUCUACAUGAAGACUUGCAGGGCUUAAAAGGGACAUGUCAUUUCCUCCUUCUUAACAAAAUAUUCUGAGGUUCUCGUGUGCGUUUUUGGAAACCAAUAUAGUGUCAUAGAGUUGUCUUUUGAGUAUGUGUUCUUUUUUUUUUUUUUCUUUUCUGAAAUCCCCAGAGAAGGAGACUGGUUAAAAUCCUAGAAAUAUUAAGGUAUUAUAUUUGUUAAUUUGUUGUGCUAAAGUAUCUUUUCAAUAGUGUUAUAAUCCAUCCUAUUUGGUGUCAACUGCUCACAAAAAAAGCCAUUGAAACCGAAGGGGACAAUUAAGGUUUGUAAAGAGCGAUCUUACACCAGCUUCGUCCCCUCUGCAUUUUUUUAGGGGGACAUUUCAAAGGAUUUUUAUAGUAGAUUCUGGUUUUAUCAUAUUUUCUUUGGACAUGGAAUGCAGGUGCAUAUUUCUUGCAUAGGAAGGAUGGGACUGGACAGGGGUGGGAUGGAACCACUCUAUCUGGGAAACUCACCCAGAUUUCUGUAUUACUUUUGCCUAUUUCUUUAAAAAAAAAAAAGGUCUUUCAUCAUGGGUUGCUGUGAGUUUUGUUAAUGUUUGUGUUGCUGGAUUUAUGGUUAAAUGAAGCAUGUAGCUGGUAUAUGAACUUCUUGAGUUUUCACAUUGUCCUGAAUUUCUUUUUGCAAACCUUUAUACCUUUAGCCCCUGAUUGAUUGUGUUAAAAACAUUAUGAGAAUGUUAUUUAAAGUUGUAUUAUAAUUGCCACCUCCACUAAUUAUUCAGUACUGUAGCAGCAAAGUAUUAUUUGUAAGAAUUUGGUUAUUUUUAUACUUAUAUCUACUUUAAGUCUGGCGUUCUAGUCAGUAAAUGAUGCAAUAAAAUGAAUAUCAUUUUCA